AUGGCAGCGCUGGCCGCUAAGCCUGCCAAGCUAUCGACCGGAGCUGCGGGGCUGACGGGACCUGCGGGGCCUACCGGACAGAUGCCGCCCGUCGACACCAGUCCGAUCGUGUCGUCCCACUCCGGACCCAACUUGUCGGCCUACGCGUACGCCAACGGCGUCGCCUUAGGGAAGGAGCUGGGUGGUAUGUUCAAAGAGGUCCCGUCUGUGGCGAGCAUCCAACGCUUGAUGGAGUCCAUGAAGCUUCACGCCAAGCAACAAAUCGAGGUGGAGAAGCGGUCGUUACGAGACGAGUCAACGAGCCGGGUGUUCACGGGAACUCUCCCCCGGCCCACCCCUGCCCUGCCGCAGGGAGACGCCGGGGACCCUGGUCGGGGGGGGCGCGGCCGGGGGGGAAAGGGGUCUACCGGAAGAGGACGGGCAGGGGAAAAGGGUGACCCUGGAAGCAGCAGCCAGGGAAGCGGUGGCGGUGGAAACGGCGGCCGGCGAAGCGGUGGCAGGGGCGGAGGGACAGGCCACGGGCGCGCAGGGGGGGGCGUAAACUCUGCUGGUUUCGCUACGGGUUCGCCGAGCGGUACCACGGGGGUUCGCCGAGCGUCCCACCCUCCGGCAGGAUCGGACACCACCAGCGCCGCGCCUAUCGGCUUCCAGGCGGCACCCGUCAACGGGGCGCACACGUCCGAGGGCUUGGCGUUGCCGUUUCGUGCCCUGGACAACGUGGACGUUUCUCGUCGCGGGGGGGGGCAGGCUUCUCCACCGUUCCAGACGACCGCCCAUCUUGUUCAGUUGGGGCGUCUGCAACCACCGCCCCGUAAGAAGCAAACGGGGCCCAGCAAACGACACAAAAGUAGUAGUGCGCCGUAGUGGAGGAGACCGUUUACCUGUAGGACACGUCAGGAAAAUGUAAAGCGUGUUGCCGAUGCCUUACUCGGCGUUGCAUUCGCUUUGUUACCGUUGGCGCGUGUUGGUUUGCGCGCGCGUGUGGAUGUGUGUUGCGUGUGUUGGGGGGUCUGCCAACAGCAUCUGUUGUGUCGGAUUGGUAUUAUUUCCUUCGGUAGCCGGCCCGCCGCAGCAAGGAGAAGGGGGAUUCGCUUGGAAAACCAUUGCCGGUUGGCAGGGGUGGAGGGGCAAGAGUCUCUCGACCCCGCGGAGUCUUCGUUCUUCCCCGUGUCCGAUAUGUUUUGAGUUUUUUUUUGCGCGUUGGAUGAGAGUACCGCUGGUCCCUUUAUCAUGACCACUCAUUGGAAUUAAGUUGCAGCCUUGAUUCGGCGUCGUGAUGGUGUAUCUUCUUUGCCCGUUGACAUUUUAUGCGGUUUCCCUAGAGCUCUCCGGUUUUGAAAGUACUCGCGUGUUCAUGUUGGCAGUUGUCAUGAUGCUCCAAGAAUCAUAUGAUACAAACCAACUUUUCUUCUC